AUGAGCCGUUAUUCGGCACGACCAGCAGCAGCAAGCAACAAGCAACAACAAGCAGCAACAACAUCAUCACUACUCUUGGUAGUCGUGGUAGUCGUACUACCACCACCACUACCUGCAGGUGAUAGGGAUGGAGAUAUAUCUUUGGUCAUCUGGAGCAGAGAUGGAAGCAUUGGUGAAGAGUCGGCAGAGAAGGCAAGUGCAUCCUGGUUAAGUAGACUACCACAUUCUCCAAACUCAGAGAUUGAGGAUGAUGUGCUGAACCAUGACGAGGACCUUGCUCUUGUCAAGUAUGAUGGUGGUGUCAAGUGGACAUUUGGCGUGGACAGGCUCAGACUUUGUUUGGCCAACAUGCCUCCAAGCAUAGCAUUGGAGUUCAGUCGACUAUUGGACGAGUUGUUGAACACUUGUUCACAUUCCUUGUUGUUGUUGUUGUUAUCGUCGUCGACAACAACAACCAAUGGUGUUGUAUCAGUUGUAGUUGUAGUGGAAGUAGUAGUGGUACAUGAUGGAGUUGAUGGUGAUGGUAACUGUGAUGAUGACUGUGAUGAUGGUGAUGAAGUUGAUUGUUGUAUGAUAUCAUCUAUUCUUUGUUGUAAUUGA